AUGUUUCUCGACGAUCACGAAUUGGCCAUCUAUAUUGCUGCUGGUCUAGCAGGAUUCCUUAUAGUAUUGUGGUGUUUGGCUAUUUUGUGUAAAGGACCUUGCCGAUCGUUCGACGAACCGGUCAAGUCGCCCUUUGAGAUGUACAUGGACCCUGCUACAAGGAAUCAAGCUUUACAGACCAAGUACGAACUCUACCACUAUCAUCUUAUGGUAAGUAGAAUUUAUCAAGCCCCUGUCCUUUUGAAACAAACCGAAUUGUGUUCAUUCGAAAAUUGACAUGUCACUGUUUUCACAAAAUAAAUGUAAUGAAUUGACUGCAUGACUAAAGCAAUGCAUAUGCGCGCCUCAUGGUUAUUUUUCGUGUGAAGUUCAUAUGCAAAAGUUAUUUCGUGGGAGAGAAUGCAAAUUUUCCCAUUGUGGUGAGGAGCGGUCGAUGUGCAGUUUCGACGGAGUAAAAACCUUUUUAUAAUGAAGAAAAAAGCAGACUACAUUUUCAAAUUGAACAUCGCAUCAUCAGUAAGCUUGUUUAAUCUGAACUGCUCCUGGAGCCACGACCUAAAAUAAAAAGGUUCAAUAACUUAUAUUUAUUCGUAUUAAAUGCUGCUAAUGCUUCCUUCUUUAAAAUGUAAAUGAGUUGUUUCAAGCUUCCAGCGGCUUCUUCAUAGUGUGAUUGUCUAUGGAAAUGUGCUAUUAAUAGGUUUUUAGGCUUGAGUUGCUUAAUCGAGGUAGUAUUGCUAUUUUGGGGUCACUGUAUACAUUUGUUAUCUAUGAAAAAUAUCAAAGACUUACUUGAAACAAUUGAUUCAUAUCUCUCUCUAUAUAAACUGUUUCACUUUUGUACAUGUACAGAAAUUAUUUAUGGCUGUCUGUCUACUGAACAUGAAGCACAGCCGGCAAUAUGUGGGCAUGAUAUUGGUUUAGUUGGCCCAUUUUUAAGCAACAGAAACGUUUUCCGUGUUGUCAUAGCCUUUUUUAACACGAGACGGGUUGGGAGAAUUCGAGACAGUUAUUCAAACCCAAGACGAAAUGCUCCCAAUCCGUCAAGUGUUUAUAUCAGGCUAUGCAAAUACAGAAAAAAAAAAAUUUUCUAUUGGUUUUAUAAAUUAACUUUCCUGAGAAAAAACGCAAAACUCAUUGCUAUGGCACUGGUACUUUUAAAAAUCGGCUAUUGAAUCGUCCCAAAUGCAUUUUAAUUGUACUGUAGUCUAAAAACAAUACAAGAACAGGUUCAGCUUAUCAAUGUCAAAGAAAGACACAUGUCAUAGGCAUUUACAUUUCUACAUAAAAUUUACAAAAGAGUGGUCCUAUUAAGGGGGUGAAAUUAGAAACAAUUCUAAUGUUUGGGAUUUUAAAAUGUGGCCAUUAAUAAUCAUAUUAAUGGGUGACUGCAUUAACAAGAGUUUUUUUCUAUGAAAAUGUAUGGUUGUUUUGCCGGGCCCCAAAAAAUGGCCAUAUUAACAAGUUUACUGUAUUACCGAGGUGGCUGCAAGGCGGGGUUUCUCUGCAUAUUUACCCAGGGCGUGGGAUGAAAACUUUGAGCUAAUGCUGAUUCAUCAAGAUGCUUUUUUAAGCCCAAUAACAUAUUUAAAUGGCAAUUGUUUUUACACCCCUUCCCAUGCCUCUGCAUUCCAAUACUUCUUGGGCAAUACUUCUUGGGGGAGGGGGGGGGGGGGCCUCUUUAAAACUGGUGAAAGUGGAAAAUACCAUUAUCUUCUAAAAACUGCUGCUUUGAUGGUGACUACAUUAUCUUUGGUUCUUUGCAUAAUCUGCUCGUACAGUAUAUGCUGAUUGAAAAGAAGCUUAUGCAUUGCACNGUCUCUUUACAACUGGUGAAAGUGGAAAAUACCAUUAUCUUCUAAAAACUGCUGCUUUGAUGGUGACUACAUUAUCUUUGGUUCUUUGCAUAAUCUGCUCGUACAGUAUAUGCUGAUUAAAAAGAAGCUUAUGCAUUGCACAUGCCAAUUUUUGUAAAGAACACAAGAUAUAGCAAAGGUCGGGGGUUACAUCGAGCACCACCCAAAUGAGAAUGUAAAGAAUACUUUGUUAUUUUCCACUUUGGCCAACUCUGCAACCCAUCAACCCCUUAUCUACCUGCCUAGACCAUGGUUGGUUUGUUUUUGUAAACAUGUACAUAAUGUAGUGAGUUUUAAAGACCUAUGCCCCCUCCCCAGCAGUUAUAUCAGUAUUCACAAUGUAAAAAGCAGUAGAGGGAAAUGAAGAACAAUGGUGAUGAAGGUAGGGGUUUCUUUACUCUGGGGUUAAAGCUGCCUAUUCCUGGGGCGGUGCCAUUAUUCAAGGGAGACGGUCUUUUGAGUAAAUAUACAGCUAUUUCGAGAGAGGUUGUGGGAAAAAGUGCUCGCGACAAUCCAAAAAGGUAUUGUGGGUGGUUUUUCACUGUUCUUCAAAGAAAUUUGCAAGAAUGGCACUAGAGACCAUGAACUUAUGUUUGCGAUUGCUAAAGGAAAGCAACAAAUGUAAGUUCGACAGCUACAGCGCCAGGCACUGCGUAUAGAUCAUAUCCCAUAUCACCUUUCAGGAUUGUCGCGUGAACAUUUUUUCCGAAAACCUUUCUCGAGAUAUCUGUAUAUGGUACCAUACAACUCAUUGCUAACUGCCAUAAAUUGUCUUUAGACACCAAAAACACCAGUUGAACGCCAUGAAAUCAGGGUCCCCGCACAGGUGACGGAAGCAGGUGGACCAACAACAAGCGCAUUUGAUUUUGGAGCUGUAUUGCGCAUGCACUCUAUGGACAAGGCAAACGCUCAAAAUGGACGCCAAGCAAAAUAUCCGCUUUUAACAAGGGAACAGGGAGACCAGGGAAGUUUGUCAUCUGAUACGACAGGUGGUGAAUCUAGAAAUAUUUACAAAGUUAAUGUGGAUAUAGAGAGUAACAAAAAAGAAGAAACAAGUGUUCCUCUUAUGAUGGAUAGUAACGUGUGA